UCCUCCUAGCUCCGCCCCCUUGCGCUUGGCGUCGGCGCGCUUUCGGUCCUGGGAGGCGUGCACAGGAAGGGGCGGGACCAGGCCAGCUGCGCGCGCAGAAGGCUAGUGACCGGAGUAGUUCAAGAUGGCAGCGGCCGUAUUUCGAGCUUCGUUGCUGGGGUGGAGAACCGGCGUCCUACCGGGCUGCGGUCUACGGCGGCUGAGCCAGACCCAGGGGCCUCCCGAUUACCCCAGCUUCGUGGAGUCUGUUGCUGAAUACCAGUUUGUAGAGCUCCUGUUACCCCCUACCAGCAUCCCAAAGCCCCCGAAGCAUGAACAUUAUCCUACGCCUAGUGGCUGGCAGCCCCCCAGAGACGCCCUGCCUAACCUGUCCUACUCUGUGCGGCGCUCUCGGAUGUACAAUCUCCCUGUCUACACGGACAUCACACAUGGCAACCGCCAGAUGACUGUGAUCCGGAAGGUGGAGGGGGACAUUUGGGCCCUGCAGAAGGAUGUGGAAGAUUUUCUGAGCCCAUUGCUGGGGAAGACACCUAUCACCCAGGUCAAUGAGGUGACAGGUACCCUGCGGGUCAAGGGCUACUUUGAACAGCAGCUCAAAGCCUGGCUCCUAGAGAGGGGCUUCUGAGGCCCCGCUCAGCAGCCUGCGUGACAGCAUCCCUGACAGACUGGAUUCCAGGGGUUCUCAAGAGAGGGGGUGUCGGAGCAGGCAGGAUUGGGGCUGAGCGCUGGGGCAGGGUAGAGUGAGGGCUAAAGAGCUUCAGAGCAGGCCUUGCUUGCAUAAAGGGGGAAAUGGGACCCUCUGCACAGGUGCCAGCCCUGGGGGAGGGCUACGUAACAUUGGAUACCCAUUAGAAACAGCUGAGCUACUGGGGGGCAUUAGUUGCUAUCCCUCCGACCCCCGACUUUGGCCUGUUCCUGCUUUCCCUUUAUUGGGGUUCCUUGAGCUCAGCCAUUGUUUCUGGAGGUUGUUCACUGCCUCUCUGGUGGAAGCAAUAGCCCACCCAGUUUAGGGGAGGGGAGCAUCAGACAGACCCAUUGGGCGUAUUCCUUCCUUGGCCCUCAGACCCUCACUGCUGCUAAUGUUCCCAAGCCCUUGCUCCAAGCCAGACGUGGGUCCUGGAAGUCUUCUUCAGUUCCAAGUGCAGUGCCAGGCACGGGCACAGAAACAGAGUGCCCAUGUCAGCCCCUAGGCUCCUUCUUUUCACCCAGGGACAGGUAGAAGGCCGUUUCCUCCGCCCCGUGCCAGACGAGAUUUGGGCCUCACUGGGUUUCCAACUGCAGAAAGCCGUGAUUAGCUUUAGCUGGUCUGCCCACAAGGGGGUGCUUGGGUGCUCCUGGCCAUCCUUUCCAGUUUGCUGAUCUGGUGUCAAGGCCACCUGCUUUGCAGGCAGGAAGAAGAUGGCCUUUUGCUUCUGCCAUACCAUCCCACCCCCAGCCAGUGAACCUUCACACUUGCCCUGUCGCCAAGGCCAAAGGCUUGAGUUCCAACCCCACCCCGGCAUCAGACUGGCUAAGACAGACCUCAGAGCCUGGCUCCCCUCCUUGAUCUCUUACCUUAGGCAGGGUAAUUAACCUUUUGGGGGCUCAGUUUCUUCAUGUGUAAAAUGGGUAUCUCUUCCUAUU